AGUAUUGUUGGAGCUGGAUCAAUUCUAAUAUAUGCAUUUUCAAAAAGGAUUGUAAGAAGUCCUGAGGUUUGUGAAAAUAUAUUAAAUAUAUAACAUCAUAUCAAGCAGGUUUAAAAUGUUAUUGUUGACCCUUGUAAGCUCCAAUAUCCAAUAAAGUUCCUCAAACUAAUCUCCAUACAUUUACUUAAAGAACUAGUUGAGAGAACUUGAUAUAAGAUCUAAGCAUUUUCUGUUACACUGCAGGUCAUCAUUUUAGUAAUGUUCAAAACCCAUUCCCUUGAUUAUGUUUUACAUGUAUAUUCAGAGAUGCCAAUCUCUGGAGAUCUAAAAUCUGGAGACUCUCUUUUUUUUACUAUCCCCCCAGAAUUUCAGCAGAAACCCCCCCCCUCCCACCCUCGACAAAUUGACCCAUCCCCCAAUGGGAAUGACUUAGGACAUUAUAUAAAGUCUUACAUGAAGUACAUACCAUCAAAAUUCACAGUCAUUGUUUUGAUGUCAGAAAAAUAAUCUGUAGGUGACUAAAUACAUGCAAAAAUGCCCCAGAAACAGUACUGUGAAUAACUAACAUGGGUUAAAUCUCAAACUAAGCUAGUGAAAAGCUCAAAAGAAGAUUUUAUCCAGGAGACAUGGUGACCUGUACGGGAGAGCAGGAGAUUGGUGCCAUAUCUGGGAGAGUUGGCAUUUCUGUAUACUGUCAGGAGAAAAUUGGUGUUGGUCAAGCGUGGGACUGGAAGUGUUAAUAUAGAGAUUACGUAAAGUUAAUUCUUCUUUUUUUGUAUUAGGUUCAUCCGUUGUUUCACCUGGCCCUAGCAGACCUAAUUCUGGCUUCUCUGUGGCUCUCAGGAGCUUGUACCUGGUUUCAUAACAAAUAUCAAGGUUGCUUUUACUUGGAUGCAUUUGGAGAGGUAAAAACGUUUGACUUUUUCUGGUGACUUGAAUGAUACUUUUACUUGAAACAUGUCACAGUCAGGGUAGCAUUCAGAUGAUGGGUACUAAAGGGAUGUUUGGGUGGGGGUGUGCUACUGAAUCCUACUAACUCUCAAGUCCCAUUUACACUACAGAAAAAACUGGGUCGGACCCAUUAAAAAGUGGUCUGGACCAAUUGUUUACGUGGGUAAGAAUCAGGUGAGGCUUAUGAUUGAAAAGUGCAGUAGUACACAUGCACAAAACCACCAUAAAGUGCGGCAGGCUCACAUGAAGAAGAUGGUACAGAACAAAGAUGCGUUUACACUGCACUUUCGAACAGCAAAAGGGGUCCAAACUCAUUUUUUUCGGUUUUGGAGCCAUAGCCACCUAUGACCCCAAAACCAGAAAAAACUGAGUCCAGAUCCAUUUCAUGAAAACAUGGUAUGGAAGGUUUACACAGCAAAAAUAUCUGGUGCAUACCAACUUUCUUAUGAGUCUGGACCCAUUUUUUCUGUAGUGUAAAUGGGGUUUUUAGUAAGCUGUCUAAGAUAAGAGAUCUUUCUUUUGUGAUCCAUCUACUUUUCUUCUUUAACCAUUUCACUGCCAAGAGUGGCCAAAGGCAAAAUUCAGCAAAAAUUCUCAAAUUUCAUUUUGUAAAAUUUUGAGAAACAAAUAGUACCAUGGGAAAGUACUGGUAGAGAGGUUUCAUUUGAAUGGUCACUCCAUUAGAUUUCGUCCACAGUUGCAAAACUCUUUCAUUCACUCUGGCAGUGAAAGGGUUAAUUAAUUUUGGAGUCAAUGAGCCUUAUUCCGCAAUAAUGACAGAUCAUACUACACCUAUGAACCAAGUACCACCAAGGUUUGCACCCUGUUAAGGAAUAAGGGCAUACUGUCCAGCAAGACUGGACACCUGUUCAAGAUACCAAAUACCAAAAUUGUACACCUGUUUGAGACUUGUGUCCUCUAAAAACUACACCCUGUAUGAUGGUACAUAUUCUUUCAAGCCAAAUAAGAGACUUCCCUGUUACAAUGUAAAUAUUGGUGGGGGUAUACAGUGUAAUGUGAUCCUCCAGUUAAAGAUUAAUCCAGUUUCAAUUAAUAAAAAUUAUAUUACUGUUCUAUUAAUGUUAAAAUUUGACCUAAUAUACUGUACCUCAGAAUAAGGCUGUAAUUAACUGUAAUAAGUUUGCUAGACUUGGUCAUUAUCCCAUUGCUUGGCUUUGACUGAAAUGUGUGUCUUCUUUUGGUAAACUUUCAGUUAUUCUUUCAUGUAGCCUGCACCACAGUUAGAACUAAACUUCUGGCUAAGUCUGUCUGCCAACCAGUGCUGAAGUCUUUGUUAUGGGACUCCACCUGUGUACCAGGAUUUGAGUGUGUGGAGUGACUGUCCUUUUAAAAAUGCCCUUGCCAAUUUGUCAAUCAGGUUGAAGAGAAAUUUGAAACGCAUUUCUAGUUAUUUUCUUGAGACUCCCUUUUGGGGCCCAGGGGCCCGUUUCUCGAAUGUCCCAGUAACUUUUCGGGACGGAAAACAAAUAUUCAAAUCAAUAAGAAUAAGAGCGUGGGUCCUGGCCAGCAAACUACUCCAUUUUGUUUCAUUAACUGAUAGUUUUAUCACGUUAGAUAAAAAACUAUUGAAACCUCGCCCUUUAAUGUAAACGGCAACAGCGUAACGGGCCCAUUAAUAAAUUAUUAUCGGGAUUUUCAAGAAACGGGCCCCAGAACAAGGACAUUGGUGCUGCUUUGCAGAUAUUACUAUUAAACUGGAGUUAAAUUAUGUCUUUGACACAGGGUAUCUUACACGAUAACCAGCUGAAAUACCAAAUUGAAUCACUCUUGACACCUGUAAUUUUUAUUCUUCAGAUGGCACACCUUGCCUCAUUCUUUUUGACUGUAAAUUAUGCAUUAACUGCGUACAUGAGACUACGAGAAAAGGCUGACACCAUCACCAACUUACCAUUUUCCUCAGUAAGUACA